AUGGCGCCCAAAUAUAGACUGUCGGACUCUGAAUCGGAAGUGGAAGCGGGUAGUCCCUCUUAUGAAGCAUUGGAAAAGGCAUUGCGCAAGGAAGUUACGGCGAAGUACAAGGCGAAAAAUUUCGAGGAACUCACCGUGAAGCGCGUGCGCCACGCCGUCGAGGAGAAGCUGGGUCUGGAGCAGGGAUUCUUCAAAAAUACGGGCGGCUGGAAGGCCAAAAGCGAGGAUGUGAUCAAGGAUCAAUUUGAGAUUCUACGAACGACUGUGCCGGAGAUAGAGGCUGAGCCUGAGCCAGUCGCAUCAUCCCCAUUACCCCAUACUGAACCGAGUCAGAACCCGACGAAUAAGCGGUACAAGGCCACAAGCACACAGAAACCCAGAAAGCGACAAAAGACACAAAGCCCAGUUUCGGAUGAAGAGGAUGAGCUAGCGAAGGCAUCUGAUGACGGGCUUGAAGAGGAAGUCACAAGACCCAAGAAGCGCGCAACACAAGUGACAAAGUCUAAGAAACCCAAAGAGCCUGCUCCCGAGGCCAUGGAGAUUUCCGACAAUGAAGAGGAGGAAGCGGCCACCGCCAACAAUACCACGGAAGCGACCAAGGAUGAUUCUGAGAGCGAAAUGUCCGUCGUGCUGGAUGAAGAGCCUAAGCCUAAGAGAAAGCGUAAAAGCAGCGAGGGCCCCUCGAAGAAAGCAGCUCCGAAGAAAGCAGCCCCGAAGAAAGAAAGGAAGGUCGCCGCUAAAGGCAAAGAUGAGGAACUGGACCCGGAUCAAGCAGAGAUCAAGCGGCUGCAAGGGUGGCUUGUCAAGUGUGGAAUUCGCAAGAUGUGGUGGCGGGAGUUACAGCCAUAUGAGACUUCCAAGGCGAAGAUUAGGCAUCUCAAACAGAUGCUGGAAGACGCGGGCAUGAAGGGACGAUAUUCCGUGGACAAAGCUCGGCAGAUCCGUGAUGAGCGGGAACUCAAGGCAGAUCUUGAGCAGAUCCAGCAAGGUGCGAAGAAAUGGGGGACAGGCAGUGGAGACGAAGAUAGUGACGAGGCUGCUCCUUCACGUCGCGCCGCGCGGGGAGGUCGAGCGCUGGCGUUUUUGGAAAGCGAUGGAGAAGAGACUGAUUGA